GCUCCAAACGAGUUUUGGAUUUGAUUCAUUUUUGCAGACUUUAGCUUCUAGGUCGUCUGACGUCAAGCUUAGAAGCGUGCCGCCGCUUCUUCACAUGAUCGCCUGAGGUCACGUUCAGAAACCGGCGAGGGCCAAGUGCGUGGCGCGUUCCCCCACGUGGACGGGACUUGAAUUCGAAGCGGAUCGGCACGUUAGUGAGUUCGCCAAAUGCGGGCGCGGGGAACGGCCGGCGGUCGCCGCAUCUGGCUCUGCUCGACGGGUUAGGACGGGUGUCAACGACAAAUUGGGAGACAAUCGGAGUUGCUCACUGGGAACUGCUGAAUCAUCAGUUAGCGACGGAUUUUGCAGAGUCGAUUCUUUUGCCGCCGUCUCCUGCAAGACAAUUUGUGGGACACAUUUGGACACGGAGAAACUAACGGGCCUGUUUUUAGCGAACGUUGGGGGUCCGCGGGCCCACGCCGUGCCUCGUGCGCAACAUGCUGCGUCUGCUGACCGUGCUGGGGGGAGAAUUCCUUUUCAUCUAAUGCUGUUGGGACAAGCGGGUCAGGGGGAAUGAUUGCGACACGCGACGCUUAAUCAUUUGUCCGUUUGUCCGAUGCCCACAGACUCUCUUUUGAUCGGUGCAAACGAGCCUCUCCUUCUCGCAGGCGAAUGAGAAAAACAAGACGGGGGAGGCCGGCUCGUUCGCUUCCCGCGAGGGCGCCGGCGACCCGUCCGACGGCCGGCGAUGCGCGCGCGCGUCAACGUGCAAACGGUGAAGAGGAAGCUGGCUCACGGUCCCGAGGGUCGGCCCUUCUCCUCAGGAAAGAAGCGGUGCAGAGGCGACGCUUACUUCAGUCCUUCCGGCGUGGUUCAGACCGCGCCCACCACAUUCGGGGACCUCCGGCUGGCCAAUGGGCGUUCGGCUCAGCGGCGGCGCGUGACCUCGGGCCCGCCCCCUCGCGGCCUCCGAGACUGGCUCGUCACCUUUCAGGCGUGGAGCGGGCCCGAGAGGCUGCUGGCGCUGGACCAGUUGAUUGACAGGUGCCAAACGGGCCAGGUCAGGCACGUGAUGCAGGUCAUCGAGCCGCACUUCCAGAGGGACUUCAUUUCCCUCCUGCCAAAAGAGCUGGCUCUGUAUGUGCUGAACUUCCUGGCUCCCAGAGACCUGCUGCAGGCCGCCCAGACCUGCAGGUACUGGAGGAUCCUGGCCGAGGACAACCUGCUGUGGAGGGAGAAGUGCCGUGAGGAAGGCGUGUCCGAGUGCUCGUCGCCUCGCCGCAGGACGUGCGUCAGGUCCGGCGUGGCGCCCACCGCGUGGAAGUCGACGUACAUACGACAACAGCGCAUCGAGAACAACUGGAGGAACGGGGACGCACGCCAGGCUAAGGUGCAGGUGCUGAAAGGUCACGACGACCAUGUGAUCACGUGUCUCCAGUUCAGCGGUGACCUGAUUGUCAGCGGCUCUGAUGACAACACGCUCAAAGUGUGGUCGGCCAUCACUGGCAAGUGUGUGCGCACGCUGACGGGCCACACGGGCGGCGUGUGGUGCAGUCAGAUGGCGGUCGCCACGGUGAUCAGCGGCUCCACCGACCGGACGCUGCGGGUGUGGAACGCCGACAGCGGCGAAUGCGUCCACACGCUGCACGGACACACGUCCACUGUGCGCUGCGUGCAUCUCCACGGCAACCGGGUGGUGUCGGGCUCCCGGGACACGACCCUGCGCGUGUGGGACGUUUCCAGCGGUCGCUGCGAGCACGUGCUGACGGGUCACGUGGCGGCGGUGCGCUGCGUCCAGUACGACGGCCGCCGCGUGGUGUCGGGGGGCUACGACUACAUGGUGAAGGUGUGGGACCCCCGAACGGAGGCCUGUCUGCACACUCUGCGGGGGCACACCAACCGAGUGUAUUCGCUACAGUUUGACGGCGUUUUCGUGGUGAGCGGCUCGCUGGACACGUCCAUCCGAGUGUGGGACGCCGAAACAGGCGGCUGCGUCCACACGCUGACGGGCCACCAGUCGCUGACCAGCGGGAUGGAGCUGCGGGACCGCAUCCUCGUGUCCGGGAACGCCGACUCCACCGUCCGGGUCUGGGACAUCCGGACGGGCCGCUGUCUGCGCACCCUGCAAGGUCCCAACAAGCACCGGUCGGCGGUGACGUGCCUGCAGUUCUGCCGAGGUCUGGUUCUGUCCGGCUCGGACGACGGCACGGUCAAACUGUGGGACCUCCGGACGGGCGACUGGCUGCGCGACGUGGUGGCGCUGCAGAGCUGCGGAUCCGGUGGCGUGGUGUGGCGAAUCAAGGCCUCGGACACCAGGCUGGUUUGCGCCGCCGGCAGCAGGAUCGGCACCGAGGAGACCAAACUGCUGGUGCUGGACUUCGACCCGGACGAGCGGGGACCGACCGAGUCGGACAAAGGUGACGUCACGGAGGAUUUUGUUUUCUAAAAAUGGAUCGCUUGCCAAGCGAAGGUGAACCGAGAUUUGAGGCGCCACAAGAUGACGACUUACUGCUGCUAGAAACGAGGAACUCCGACUCGCUCGCCGUCCCCGCCGCACGCUUCGCUGUGAUCUUGUCCCUCCUCGGGUCCCGUCCGAUCGGUCGGUGACUCGAUCGAGCCUCUUGUUAACUUUUUGUGACGCGGCCGCAAGGUUUUUGCUGUCGCGGAUUGUCGCGUUGACUCGCUGCAAUUGGCUGUGAAGUACGAAUGGCAAAGAUGAUUCGCAAAUCAAAGUGUUUUCACCGGAUAGAUCGUGACUAGGAACCCGGCCGGCCCUGCCGGAUCCGAAGCUGAACGCGUACGACUGUGUAAAUACAAGGAAAGGGGGGACAUACUCUGCUUUUGCUAAACAAACGCUGUAACUGUGAAGAUGAUGUCAAUAAAAGAGGAUUUGAGAAAGAU